CCUGUAUGAUUCCGGCGAUUCAACAGUUAUCUCUUAACAACCGUAUGUAUGCAUUUCGAACGUGAGCACAGCUGCUAAUUGUCGCAUGCUCAGAACAAGCUAUCGUUUAAAGACAGGUAGCUAAGUUUUCGAGCUAGUUCAAAAGUGAUCACGAUCUCAUUAGGUUCAAAUUGGAAUGUCAUCAGUCUAGAGCCUCACAGAGGCAACGUAUAGAUAUAAUCUUCACUUCUGGACAUCUUCUUCCUUAAACUAGCUGCGGUGUGGCAACUAACGCGUGCUCAAUAUAGAGCAAAUUAAAUAUUUGUUGACUGUUCAGUUCAUGUUCUGUUGGAAUCUCUAUUUUCAACAAAAGGUCGCAGAAGUUCUAGGCCAGCCAUAUCUUCGUAUUUUCAAGUGAACAGGAUCCUGGAGGCUCAUUGCAAGCUUUAAGAUGCCAAGAUCUUUCCUAGUUAAGAAAAACAAGCGGGUAUCUCCGUACGUUGUGUCAAGAUAUGAGCAGCAUUUUGAUCGAGCCGUCCACCACAAGGAAGAAAAACAAAAUCCUUUGGAGGAAUGGGAAGAAGGCGGAAAAAGUGCAUUCGUAUCGUUUGCAAGUCAUGCAAAGAAUGAUAAAUUUGUGUUUGCUGAUUUUUUCCAAGAACGAAAAUCGCCUAAAAGUAAGUUAAUACCUUCUCAUUCACCUUUAGUAAGAAAAGAGGGAGCACAUAUCAGAAAUUUGAUGGGGAAAAUUCCUCCAGUCGAACCAAUUGCAGUUAUUUACAAUGAUCGUAAUAUCGAGAAACCUAAAGAAAUAGAAAAGGAGAAUUUUCAGCGUAAUGAUCCUGGGAGCCCCAACAGUGUUCCUUCGGUAAAGGGUCCUCUAUCUCAGAGCAGCUUCCUGUGCCAGCUAUGUAAGCGAAUGUUUCAAGAUGCAUUCUCGCUGGCGCAGCACAAGUGUGCAGGCAUCAAGCACGUCGAGCAUCGCUGUCCUGAAUGCGACAAAGUCUUCAGCUGUCCGGCAAACUUAGCAUCGCAUCGACGAUGGCACAGACCGAGAUCGCCAGGGUCUAACAAGCCUAUGAAACUGCAAAAGCGCAGUUCGUCGGGUGAAAGCAAUACAGCAUCGCUCAAGGAAGAGAACAAAAAUGCAGACAAAGAACAGAGGUUAAUGGUGAAAGUCGAGGAAGAUGUUGACUUCGGAAAGCAAGAUGAGGAGAGUGAAAGCAGUGAGGGAAUACCAAGUCCAGUCGACAAAAAUAAUAACAGUAUGAUCGAUUUAAUCGAUAAAGAUUCGGCAACUGACGGUGACAAAUAUGCAUGCUCACAAUGCGGUAAGACCUUCAAAAGGCAAGCAUAUCUUCGCAAACACAUGAACUACCAUAACAAUGCAAAACCAUAUCCUUGUCAGUAUUGCGGCAAGAUUUUCCGAAGCCAGACAAACCGUGCCAAACACGUACUAAAUCACGCCGUCGGUCCAAAAGCGUUUGCAUGCUCCAUCUGCGGAAAUGGUUUUGCAAGUCGAUUCGAACUUGAGAAACAUGCUAGAAUCCAUAACGGGGAAGUUUUUAGCUGCAACGAAUGCUCGGGCGCAUUUUAUAGUCUACCAGGGCUGCAGAGACAUGUUCUUAAGGCACACAAAAGUUUUUCUUCCGUGUGAAACUGUUCUAAAAUGAACCGAUGGUUUCAAAUUCACGGAAGGUUUAAUCCAAAUCGUGUUCCGAACUAUUAUAAACACUUAAAUGCAUAAGUAUGUACAGUUAAUUGAAAUUUUAUUUUUUGAAAUUUGUUGACUUCGUUUAUCAACCUAAAAGCUGACAACAAACGAAAGUAAUCAAAUAUCGUUUAACAUAAGUAAAAGCUAUUGCAAAUAAAAUUUGCUAUCAUCAUAAUACCUUUAUUGUAUGAAGUAUUGAUUGUUGUUGUUAACUAUCUGUACAAUAUUUUGAUUAAUGUUGAAAACUGCAUAAACUCAUUCAUCUCAUUUUUUCUUGGUCUUUUUUGCUGAGAUAAAGCCUCUGACAAGAGGAAAAUUCAAACGUUUUUUGAAAAAAUGAUUUGCUUGUAACUUGUCUGCUAUUGAAAAAUUGUUCGAGUUGAUCAAAGUUGUUUAAAGAGGCUUCGUUGAAAAAUAUCCAAAAUGUGUCGUUGAAAAAACAUUCUUACCCCUGGAUCCUUAAAAGCCUUGUUUAGUAUUAGCAAACAUAAUUUUGAUUCAAUCAACUUUAUUCAAAUAAUCUUUUAAGGGUACAAUGCUUUAAAAGUGAAUUUUAUAUACUUGCAAAACAAGAACUAAAAUGCCAUAUUUUAGAUUUUCUA